UCCAAGAAAGCGAUAUGACCAAAUCUUAUGGAGGAAAAGUCAGAUUGAAAGCAGGGGCAGAACCUUCCAAAAAUAUUCCUGGCAUGAAGCCUCUCCCUCCAAAAAGAAAGCUUCCGGCAGUCCGUAUUGCUCUCCCGACCAAGAAAAGAAAAAAGACUGCUUCUAAAGUCUCAAAACAACAUAUCGGUAGGUYAGACCUGCAACAGGUCAUCGAAGAGUCCAUCCUGGCUUCUGAACAAAUAGUUGUCAAGGAAUCAGUCGAGGAGACACACACUGAGGUAUAUUCACUUGAAUCAGAAACCUGUGGCAUGGCAGACAAGUGUGUGCAGACAGACUUUUAUCUGUUGCCUGAAAAGGACACCAGUGACCACACGUACGCAUUUACAUUCAAGCAAGAUAACCGAGGAGACCUUGUGGAGGCCAUGCGUGAAAGRCUGGAAGUAAAAGAGGAAGAACUUAAUAAGCUGAAGGCUAAACUUGGACAAUUGCAGAAGGACUUAGACAGUUACAAGUAGAGAGAGGUUUCUCUAAACAAAUUUAAAGAUGACCCUUCUGCAAUCCAAUUUUAUACUGGCUUCCCUAACUAUGAGGCCCUUAUCGCAUUUCAUAAAUAUCUUGAACCCAAAGCUGCAAAGC